AUGGCAUCAAUGGCUUGUAAUCAAAGAUUAUCAUCAUCAAUAUUAUUUGAUACAAAUAAUGUUAAUCGUAUUGGCCAUACAUCAUCAUCUUCUUCUUCUUCCUCUUCAGCAUCAACUACAUCAUCAUCGUCAUCGUCAUCAUCAUCUUCGAAUGGUGUUGAUGAUACUACUAUUGAUGUUAAUUUAUUAAAUCAUAAUAAUGUAUCAGCAAUGAAAAUGCCACCAAUGUCCUAUAUGAAUGGUAAUUCAGUACGUCCAAUACGACGGCGACAUUUUUCUCAACAACAAACCGGUGGUAUCUAUGUUAAUAAUGAUGGUAAUGGUGAUUCGACAUGUACGUCAUCAUGGAAUUAUUUUAUUGAUAAUAAUCAUCAUCAUACUGCAAAUUAUAAUGAUGAAAUUAUUGUACGUUUAGCAAAAGGUAUUGAAAAUAUAUUACGUUUGGCUAAAGAAACACGGCUAGUUCAUUGUACAGAAAUAUUAAUACCACAAAUGUUGAUGCAACAAAUUGUAACAAAUGUGAUUGAAAUGGCUGAAUGUGAACCAUGCGGUUUACGUGGUUGUCUAUUAUUGAUCUUUAUUGAAAAUGAUGAUGAUAAUGUUGUUGUUAAUAAUAAUAAUAAUAGCAACAGCAACAACAACAACAAUAAUAAUAAUCGUCGCCGUCCAAAUAAUAAUAAUAAUAAUCAUCAAUAUAAAAUAAAUACAUCAUCAACAAAAUUAUUGGGUGAAUUUGUAAUUGAUCCAGAUAUUGUACCAACAUUUGAAGUCUUUCUAACAUUAAAACGUGUUAAACCAUCUUGGUUUGAAUCAUUGGAAUAUCGUUUCUUUAAACGUACACCAAUCAUUUUAUCAGAAAUCUACCUCUUGAAUAAGAAAAAACUUUAUCAACCAUCAUCAAUUUGA